CUGGCGACGUACUAGCAAAAUCCCCGAAUAGCCUCCUCCUUCUUCACCGUCGCGCUCUGUUUUCUGUAUGUCACCUGCGCGCUUGUUUCGGACUUUCCAUAGCAAUUCCAAACAAUAUCUGUGGGCCGUAUUUGUACAACUCAGACCAACUUCAACUCCUCAUUUCUUGAAGCUCACCAGAGGUAUCAACAAACCCUGAAAGCUACGUUAUAAGGAUGGGUUCGGCUGCUUUCCUGUUGCUGGCUUUCGUGAGCGCCGGGGCGCUUCUCCAAGUGUGGGGUACAAAAAGUGUGACUGCUUUGUAUGGAGAAACCAUUGUUAUACCAUGCAACGAUGGAGCUCCUGCACCAGAAGAUCUGAUGUUCAUCAAGUGGAAAUACGAAAAAGACGAUGGCACCCGUGGAGAUCUAUUGAUCAAACAGGCCCGCAAUGACCAGGCCACAGUUCAGGCCACAGACGAUUAUGCCCAACGGGUCAGCAUCAAUGACAAGUUCAGCCUGCUCAUCACCCAGGCCUCACUUAAAGACCAGAAGACCUUCACCUGCAUGGUGGUGUCAGACACCAACCUCAUGGAGUUCCCUGUUUCUGUUGUUGUUUACAAGAAACCAUCGUCAGUUCAGAUUAUGGACAAAGCUGAAGUAUUGCAGAGGGACAAACCAACAACAGUUGGGACAUGUGUUGUGACAGAUGCAAACCCUGCAGCUACGAUCACAUGGAAAAAGAAUGGAAAGCCCUUGGUAGCUGAUGGGAAAGCCGUUGUGAUCACCCCCAGCAUGAUGCUGGAUCCAGCCACAGGCCUAUCCACCACCUCCUCCAUUCUCCAGUAUGCAGCCACUAAGGAGGAUGUUGGCGCAAAGUUUGCCUGCAUGUCUACACAUGAGCUGACCAAUCAGGAGGCUGACCUGGAACCCUUUCCCAUUCACUAUCCAUCGGAGAAGGUUAGCCUCCAAAUUACAUCCAAGAGGCCGAUCAUAGAAGGAGAUAACGUGACUCUGAAGUGUCAUGCUGAUGGCAACCCUCCACCCAGCUUCUUCUUUUUCCACCUCAAGGGCCAGAAAACGCCGGUGCAAAAUUCAGACACCUACACUUUGACUGCCAUCAGCAGACAGGCUGCAGGUGAAUACAGAUGCUCUCUGUCUGACAACGAGAAACUGGAGUCCUCCCAAAGCAUCAUUGUUAGCUACCUGGACCUGAGUCUGAGUCCCGUUGGGAAGGUUGUCAAGACAGUAGGGGACACCUUUUCUGUGAAGAUGGAGACGAGCACGUCGGGUGAUGCUAAAGUGUCAUGGACAAAGAGUGGAAAGGCAGUGAAGGAGCCGGAGUUUAGCAAGUUGACCUAUGCUGAUGCAGGAGUUUAUUUAUGUGAAGUUUCCAUGACUGGCCUCACACGACGUCAGAGCUUUGAACUGGUCGUGGAAGGGAAGCCUGUGAUCACCAGCUUAACUAAACACCGUGCUGAUGAUGUCAAACACAAAGUUCUGACUUGCGAGGCUGAGGGAGUACCAGAACCCAGCUUCCAAUGGAACGUCAAUAGCACAAAUGAGGAGAGCUCCUAUAUCAAUGGCAAGGCCACCCAUAGAAUUACUGUGAUCCCAAAGGUGAACCUGACUGUCAGCUGCAGAGUCAUUAACCAGCUGGGAGAAGAUGUCAUGACCCUCAAUGUUUCCUCUAUUUUUAAAGAGGAAAAGGAAGAAAAAGGCUCUCAAGAGGAUUCAGAGGACCAGGCAAAGCUCAUAGUGGGUGUCCUGGCAGGGCUCCUCAUAGCUGCUGCAGCAGUGGGACUCAUCUACUGGCUCUACAUGAAGAAUUCAAGACAAGGAAGCUGGAAAACUGGUGAAAAGGAGUUGGGGACAUCUGAGGAGAGCAAGAAACUAGAGAACAAUCACACUGUUUAAAAGGUGCUCGAGCUGUACUAUGUGCGAUGAAAAAGAAGCAGUUGAAAGCAGUUUUGCGGCAUCAAAAUAAAGUCUCCCAGUUGGCUGCUGAUGCACUCCAUCCGGCUCCACAUAAGCAGCAACAAGCAGUGAUUUUCCAACAAUUCCUGCCCACUGCCUGCUGUCCCACGUCACUGUUUGAAGUCUGCAUUGGUGCUGCAUCGUACUUCUGAGUAAUUCUGGUGGGGUUUUUUGAUGUUUGGUUUUUCCUUUAGGUUUUUUUUUUUUUCUUUCCCUUGUUCUUGAAUUUCUUCAAUGAAAUUCUUCCAUUUCCUUGUACAAUUUUAGGGCCUGUAUAACAAAUCAAAAUUAUGUGUGUGCCCUGGCUGAGCAUGCCAAUGUUUUUUAUUUUUUAUUUUUACUUUUUUGUGCUCUGUGCGGAAAAGUAUCUGUUUGGCUUGUGCUGUGAGACAGACACUUCAGAGUUGUAUAACCCUACUGAAACUGUCCUCAAACUUUUCAGAAAAUAACCAACAUCUUAACCUCCUGACUUAUGUUCACUGGUUUUUAAACAAUGGAAAAUGUAUUGUCUAAAUACUUAGUCAAUGGAUUCCCCUGACAAUAAGAGUUCUAGUAAUAGUCAUAAAAUUACAUAAUGAGCUGGAUGUACUGUAAAUUAUUUCUAUACAUACAGGUUAUUGUAACUGUGAUCCAAAAAACUAAUUUCAUUAGUGGAGAUGUAAAUUGGAGUUCUGCAAAUGGAGCAUUAUGACACAUUCGGCCACUAAUUCGUUUUUUUUUUUUUUCAUGUAACCCUUUUCAGCUCUUUUCCCUUUUUUUUUAUUUUUUAUUUUACACUCAAGAGGGACUCUUUAAUUGCCUUUAUAUUGCAAAUAAUUUUAUCUGGAAAAAACAAUGUAAUGAAAAGACAAGAAGUCAUCAGUAGAUAUGCAAAAUUAUGUUAUACCAUAGCAUUUCUUUUUUUAGUUAAUGCUAAAAUGAGUUUGUUAACUUGUGGUUUAGUUUAAUACACUACAUUGUCUUCAUGUCUUAGCCUGUCUGUGCCCCAGUUCCUUUACCAUCCGAUCAAGGCUGAGACUAUGGUUUUAGAGUAGAUUUCAUAUUAUUUGGAAUAGCUUUACUGAUGCCAGUUCUGAAUGUACUGUUUUUUUUUGUGUUUAUGAUGUACUUAUAUUAUAUGUGCAACCUACCUGGAUAGCUGUGCUGCAGCAUGCAAGACAGUUUUUUUUUUGUUUUUUUUUGUUUUUUACGCUACAUGAGAGUGAACAAAGCUAUACAGUAUCUUCACUCAUUCUCUGCUGUAAUUUUUUAACUAAGUGGUGUGAAGGAUAACUCAAACUGAAAGACAGUGGUUGCGACUGGCAGAUGAGGUGCAUAAAGGUGAUGGCUUUCUGGGUUUACGUCAUUCUGCUCUGGAUCAUCCCACAAUUCAAACCCCCAGUGGCCCACCAAAGAGAAACAGUUGACAAAAUAGUUUGAAAGGAAUCAUAAAUCUCAUUAACAUUAAUAGCUUAGUUAAUAGUUUAUUUAGUACACAAAUGUUCAGUUCACAACACUUAAAUUUGCUGAAUACAUUUGCAUAUUUAUGACUCAUAUUCUGUUAAUUAACAACUUGACAACAGAAGUGUCAACCUUUCACUUCAUCUUAAAACUUGUUAAUAUUUCUGAGAAUACCAGUAGAUUAUGACAAUUACCAAGAGCCAAAUUUGUAAUGAGUUUGAGUCAUCUGUCAAAAACCUUGCUGUGGUAAUUAAAGGUAAGACACACCGAACAGGUUUUGUAUACUACAGUGGUUUUCAUCACAUGGCAUUGUGAAUUUUGUGAUCUCUUCGUCUCUUGGAUGCCAGUUUUCCAAACUGGCAAAGAGAUGACAUUCCAUUCUCUUACUUUUUUUGAAACAUGUAGGAGUUACCAAUAUAGCACACUUCCCCAUCCAGCAUUUUCAAAAUUAUAUAUAUAUUACGGUAUAUAUUAUGGGAUGGUUGCAAAACUACAUGACAUGAAAGCAGUAGGUCAACAUUUUUAAGCACCUAGUCAAUUGUUAUUUUCUCAUGCCUUUUGUUCCUUUUCAAAUAAUCAGGUCAGCAGUGAAACCAAAGAGGGUAAAAGGAGAAGGCCAUAGCAGUGUUGUAAAUACACGUUUGUUUUUUGUACUGUUGUUGAAAAUAAAGUGUACAGU